AGAGUGACAGUCAUGAGCAAAACCCUUAAACCCUUAACAAUGGCGAUCACACCACGCUCAGAGCCUCCCCAAAUCCAAAGGUUCCCUCAAUCCAAAUACAUAGACGCAGUACGGUGGCUACCACCAGUCACGGCCUUGGAUAGGUUUGCAGCCAUCGCCUUUUUCGACUCGGAUUCCGACUCUUCCUCCGUUGAAAUAUACUCAGUUGGCUCCAACCCAGCAAACCUAGUUCCUCAAUCUUCAUGGGUUUCUCCCUCGAGAGUCUAUUCCCUCAAAACCUCUCAUUCUCAGCACAGACCCUUUGUUGCCGCUGGAACUUUUUCGAGCUCUCUACAUGUCCUCUUCUCCAAUCCCAUGGACGCUUCGUCGCUCGAAUCGGAGCUUUCGAUCCCGGGAAAGGUUUUACACGAAGGGCCCAUUUCUUGUAUUGAUUUAAUGGACGGUGAGCUUGAGUGUUUGACCGUUGGGGAAGAUGGGAAGGUCAAUGUGGUUUCUAUUGGGGCUUCAAAUUUGAAUCACCGGCGAGUUUUUGAUAGCAGUGGUUUGGUUUCUUACACGGCGACGAAAUGGGCUUCUCCGGCCGAGUUUGCGACUGGUGGAUGUGGGUUUAGUCUUCAAUGGUGGGACCAGAGGAAACCCGGCGGAGCUGUUUCUCAGUUCAAGGGCAACUGGGCUCAAAGAACUUCGGGGAUUAUUCAUUCCAUUGAUGUUCAUCCAUCACGUAAACACACUUGUCUGGCAGGAGGUUCUUUAGGCACCGUAUUUGCCUGGGAUCUUAGAUGGCCGCAACAGCCAAUAAUUCUUUCUGGGGUUGGAACAGGUGAUGCCGGAGCCCAUUCUCCAUCUGAAAGUGAGGUUUGGGAGGUUCAGUAUGACCGCUAUGCAAAGUCUGUGAACAUGGGAAACAGUUCAUCUUCAAAAAUCUUGCCAGCGAUGAUCUGCUCAGAAGAUGGUAUCCUUGCUGUUAUUGAACAAGGUGAAGAACCCCUUGAGCUUGUGGCAGAACCAUGUGCGAUCAACAGCUUCGACAUCGAUUGCCAAAACCCUUCAGAUGUGAUAUGUAGUUUGGAAUGGGAAUCUAUAGCAGUGUUGUCAAGGUCAUAAUAUCCAUGAGCAGACAAAGUGUAGAGUUCAAUUUAUGGAAGGAUGUGGGUUCCGAUAAUGAAUUGCACUAAUAGCGGUAUGACACCACCCCACCCUGGUGUAUUGGGCACCAUUGUUUCUUUUUAGCAAUUCUCUUGUUUAUAUGUGCCCAAGGAUUAAAAUGCUCUUCUUAUUAUGGUGUGCCAUUGCAUGAUUUGGAUUAGUUGAUUAUUUAAUUCUGAUUUUUUUUAAUAUAAUAUCUUAAAUUAAAAAAGUUCUUAUGUUGGGCAAUAUAAGAGUAUUUUUACAAUAAGAAUAUUCUUAUGUGAAAUAGCUGUAUCUGGAUAAUGCUCAUCAAUAAUGUAAUUUAGCAUUAGUACUUCUCUAUAUAAUGAUUUUUGUUAUUUAACCAA